AUGGGUGGCCCUAGAAAGACAUCCGGGAAGCCCACAGCUCCUCGUCGGGGCACCGGCAAGGUGAACAAGAACAACAGUCACAGCGGAUCCAAGGGCAAAGGUCGAUUUGGACAAAAGCCCACAGGACAAUCCAAAACCACGCAGUUCAAGGGCAAGGGCAAGGCCAAAGACGAAGACAUUUUGAACGUGUUUGAUGCCGAGGACAGCGAUGCCGAGGACCUGAUGAAGCGCAGGGAUCUGGAAAGAGUAGACGUGCGUGAUUACGAGGUCGAGAACAUUGACUCUGAGGAUGAUGAGGAUAUUGACAGUGACGAUGCAUUCAAUGAGAGCGAUGCAGAGAGGUUUGGCGGGUAUAAGUUCUUAAACUCAGGCAAAAGAGCUGCUCCGCGGGACAGCAGUGAUGAGGAGGACAGUGGUGAGGAGGACAGUGAUGACGAGGAGGAUGACGGUGAGAUGGUUGAUCUGUCGGAGAUGCUCGAUGCUAGCUCAGCAGACGAGGACGAGGAAGAGGAACCGACGAGCAAGUCCAAGGCUGCAAAGGCUGAAAAGGCUGCUUUCGCAGCUGUGCCCUCGUCGGGAACCGGCAGUGCCACGCUUCUGAGUUUCAAAGACCUAGCGGUCGCCAGCCUGGAUGGCGAUAUGCUUGCGGACCAGAGCGAGUCUGAGAACGACAGCGAGUCCGAAUCUGAGUCCGAGCGCGUGUUUGCCCGGAUGGCCUCUGACUCCGAUGCCUCCGCCGACCAGAACAGUGACGAGGAGGAUAUCGCAGCCGACAAACUCUCCAAGCUCAGUGGCUUUGUGUCCUCGAUCAGCGCGCGCGCGCCCAAGCGUCGCUUUGUUGCCGAGAUUGGUGGCGGAUUCGCCGAAAACGAGAACACGAUCGGAUCAGGUGUCCACACAAAGGGCGUUUCGCUGGGGAUCAACGACCUCCUUGGUAACUUUGGCACCGCUGCUGCAGGCGACAGCGAUGACUCUGAGCAGGAGGAAGGUGGCGAGAAGCAGUCGGCACGCGAGAUCCGUAUCCUCAAAGAGAAGGUGACGAAGCUAGAGAAGGCCGCCAAGAAGUCCGGAUCUGGCGUCGUUGCCGCGCCCUUGGCCAAGCGGCUGCAGGACCAGAUGGACCGCAAAGUGGCGUACAACAAGACCAAGAAGGAUAUCUCUGAGUGGCAGCCCGUGGUCGACACCAACCGCGCAGCCGAGCACCUGUCCUUCCCCAUGGUCGACCCGGCAAAGACCAACAUGUCCAGCAAGUCGCUUGUCAGCGACACCACCGGGUCAAAGUCCGAGAUGGAGAUCCAGAUCCAGAACAUCCUUGCAGAGAGCGGCAUGACCGACGAGCAGCAGCGCCAGUACGAGGAACUCGAGCUCAAGAACGUGUCCCCCGAGGAAGUCCGCCACAGACAGCGCGAGUUGCGGAUGAUGCGCGAGCUGAUGUUCCGCAGCGAGCAGAAGGCUAAGCGCAUGGCCAAGAUCAAGAGCAAGGCGUACAGGAGGAUCCUGAAGAAGGAGAAGACGCGUGCGCAGGACAAGGCCAUGGAGAAGAUCAAGGAGGACGACCCGGAGAUGUACGAGAUGCUGAUGGAGAAGAUGGCCCAGGGUCGCGCUGAGGAGCGUAUGACGCUCAGACACAAGAACACGAGCAAGUGGUGCAAGGAGAUGUCUUCGCGCAGUCACGGUGACGCCGAAACCCAGCAGGCUAUGCAAGAUCAACUCGACCAGCACGACUCGCUCAAGCGCAAGAUUUACGAUAUUGGUUCGGAGGAGGAGAUCUCAGACUAUGAGGCCGGCGAGGGACAGGCCGAUGGCGAUGCGUCGGACUCGGAUGCCGACGAGUCCUUUGCGGGCAUCAAGGGCCGCGCGAUCAACAAGCUUUCGGCCGAAAUGGCCGGCCAGGCCGAUGUUAUUCCCGAGAAUGCCCCGCACAAGGCCCUGUUCGGCAUGAAGUUCAUGCAGAACGCUGCGCAGCGUCGCCAUGAGGAGAACCAGCGCGAUGCGCAGAUGAUGCGCGAUGAGUUCGAGUCUCUUGAGGCCGAAGUUGAUGAAAACGGCCGUGCCAUCUCGAUCAACAGAUCGGCGGCCGCUAAGGCUGCGGCGAAGGGCGCUGCUAAGGCCCAGGGCAUGGCGCCCGGCCGCAUGGCGUUUGGCGGUGGCGUGAAGAAGCACAGCCCGGAGGACGAGCAGGACAUUGACUCGACCGAGACCAAGCGCGUGCGCCUGAACGAGGCCGGCCAAAUCAACCAGGUGGCCGCUGGCCCUGGCCACCGUGUGCGGCUCGCCGAGCCUGUGUCGAUUGGCAAGGGCUCCAGCGAUGCCAGCAACCCAUGGCUGUCGGAGGAGGCGUCUGCGGGCGCCAGCCAGCGCGGCGGUAAGCUGAAUGAGCUAACCAAGGACAGCAACAGGUUGGACAAGCUUUCUGCGCGGCUGCGUGCCAAGCGCGCGAGCAGCGAGAAUGCCAGCUCUGCGGCCACCAUCGCCGGCGAGGAGAACAUCUUGCUCGAUGUCACCAACAUGCUCGCGCUUGACCGUCCCCGGCAGGCAGGCGAGGGCGUGGAUGGCAGCGACUCGGACUCGGACGCCGGCGGCAUUAAGCUCACCCAUGUGGGCGGCAAGAAGAAGGGCAAGCGCGCCCUCAAUCCGAAUGCCUUCUCCCAACGUGAGCUUGUCGAGCAGGCGUUUGCCGAGGACAAUAUUGUCGAGGCCGAGUUUGCCGCAGAGAAGGACGCCGUGAUGGACGAGGAUGCACCCAAGACCGAGGACCUGACGCUGCCUGGGUGGGGCAGCUGGGGCGGCACCUCUCUGCAGCCCAAGAAAAACAAGAUCAUCCGCAAGGCAGCCCCCGGAUCGGGAAUCGAAAAGGAUGCUCGCAAGGAUUCGAAGCUUGGAGCCGUGAUCAUCAACCAGCGUACGGCAAAGUCAUCUUACAAGUACUACUCGUCCAACGUGCCGUUCCCCUUCUUCACUCCCGAGCAGUACGAGGAGACGCUGCAGGCACCGCUGGGCAAGGAGUGGAACACGACAAAGUCGCACUCCAAGAUGAUCAAGCCGCGCGUCAUGACCAAGGCCGGCCGCAUCAUUGCUCCGCUGCCAACUGCCAUAUUGCACGCAUUAUUAAAAUUGGUUGCAAGCAGCCAACGUGUUCAAAUGCUGUAA